AUGAGUUUAAAACCUUUUACGUACCCAUUUCCAGAGACGAGGUUUCUCCAUGCAGGACCCAAUGUGUAUAAAUUCAAAAUUAGAUAUGGCAACAGCAUCAGAGGCGAAGAGGUAGAAAAUAAGGAAGUCAUUGUCCAGGAGCUGGAGGAUUCUAUCCGUGUCGUCUUGGGAAACUUGGACAAUUUGCAGCCCUUUGCUACAGAACACUUCAUUGUAUUUCCCUAUAAAAGCAAAUGGGAGAGAGUUUCCCACCUGAAAUUCAAACGUGGGGAAAUUGUCUUGAUCCCAUAUCCGUUUGUUUUUACUCUAUACAUGGAGAUGAAAUGGUUUCAUGAAAACAUGUCACCUGGGAAACCAAUAAACGACAGUCCUCUUGGGUUGGUCCUAGCUGAGAAGAAAGGAGCAGGAGCUAUGACGAGGAAAAGAAAACACAUGGAAGAGCCCAGCUCCCCCAGCAGGCCAGAGCUGGACAGGGCCAAGAUGGGAACUUCCAGCCAAGGCCCCAGCAAAAAGAAGCCCCUUAUGGAAGCUAGGAGGAACAGGGAAAGAAAAAUACAACAGGAAUGGCAGGAGACCUUGGCCUCUGAUAUCACUGAUGUCCAGGAACAGGAUUCUAAGUUGGCGGACAGCCUGGCAGGGCCAAUUGUCCCACCAUUGCAGCAAAACAAUCCACCUCUACCUAAAGAGCUAGGAACCAGUGGCUUCUUUGGAUUUCUAAGCUCUCUCUUCCCGUUUCGAUAUUUCUUCAGGAAGAGCAGCCAGUGAGCCUAAAUGCAGCGGUGGAAAGAGGAUCAUCUCUUGCAGUGGCUCCACCUGAGCCACUCCUCCUUCAGCUCUAUCCUUCUCUUAUGACACUUCAGUCAUGGGGAGUAAAGCCCUCAAACUAUCAGAGUCCUCUUAUGUGUUUAUCCUGUCCUAAUGGCAAUAAAUUAUUUAUGAAGA